AUGAUGCAGUCUUUGAGGGAUGCCUCUUUUGAAUGCAGUCCUGUUUCUCCUCUCACAAAGCAGCUAAUGUCGACUCUCCGCUUUGACACCGUGGAGGAUGAGUUAUCGUCCGUGAUAACUCCUAAACGAACAACAGACUCUAAAGUUGUUAGAAAAAUUUCGAUGGUACCUCACAUUCAUGAAGAGAAGCUUAUAGAGAGUUCUGAAGGUUUUGAAAUUAGAAGAAGAAGCACCGGUUUGCAGCGUUUUGCCACCUUUGAAAGCAGACGGUCCUUGUUUAGCAACAAGAGAGAAAGACCUGAAAAUGCACAAUGCCAGAAAAGUAAAAGAGCGAGGCAUUCCACCGGAAAACAAUGUCAAGAAUUCACGAAUGAUCAAAAAGCCUUGUUCCAAAUCGUCGAUGCCAUGGAGGCCGUUUUGGAGAAAGACGGAAUUACAGGCGACGGACAAACAACGCUGGGACUCCCAACCAUUCCAGGAAAACACCCAGAUCUGAACAACAUCUCUGCAGAGACUUUAGGCGAACUAAUGAAAGGCAAAUAUGCGGAUACUAUCGGGAGUUUUCGUAUUAUUGACAGUCGCUACCCAUACGAGUUCGACGGAGGUCAUAUUGAGGGUGCCGAAAAUAUAUACACGGAAGAGGGUAUUCUUGAUUUGCUUCAUUCCUGCAACAAAAACAACACUGACAGCGAUAAGCGCAAUAUUCUCAUCUUUCACUGCGAAUUUUCUUCAGAGAGAGGCCCCAAGAAAUGCCGACUUCUCAGAAACAAAGACAGGGAGCUAAAUAAAGAGAACUAUCCAUUCCUUAAAUUCCCAGAAAUCUAUCUUCUGCACAAUGGAUACAAAGAGUUUUAUGCAACUAACAAGACAUUCUGUGAGCCUCAAAGCUACAAGCCUAUGCUGCAUAAAGAUCACUCAAACGACCUCAAAUUUUUCCGUCAGAAAUCCAAAUCCUGGUCUGCAGGCGAAAAAAAGAAAUACGCACGUCAGUUUCUCAGAUUAUAAAAAGCCAAGCGAAUU